UUUUUUUUCAAGAUGGCAGCCGCCACGAUACGGAACACACUGCUGAAUUUUAACGUCGGAGUUUUGGGACACAUCGAUAGUGGAAAGACAUCCCUAGCUAAGGCACUAAGUACCACUGCAUCCACGGCAAGUUUUGAUAAAAAUCCACAGAGCAAGGAACGUGGCAUUACUUUAGAUUUAGGAUUUUCCUCAUUUUCGGUGGAAAUUCCUGACCACUUGAGUGAGAGUCAGUAUGACAAGCUACAGUUCACGUUGGUAGAUUGCCCUGGACAUGCAUCACUGAUCAGGACUAUUAUCGGAGGUUCUCAAAUAAUUGAUCUGAUGAUGCUUGUCAUUGAUGUAACUAAGGGAAUGCAAACACAAUCUGCAGAGUGUUUGAUUAUCGGUGAGAUAACUUGUGAGAAAAUGGUUGUUGUUUUGAACAAAAUUGAUCUACUACCUCCACAGAAGAAGAAAGCAACGAUAGAUAAGAUGACAAAGAGAAUGUUGAAGACACUUGAAUCUACUCGUUUUGCUGGAUCUCCUGUUGUAGCUGUUGCUGCUAAGCCUGGUGGACCAGAUGGCCUAGAUGCCUCAGGGAGACCAGAUGUUCCUGGAGAAUCAGAAACCCCUGAUGGGAUUGAUAAACUUAUUGAGGAACUGAAGCGUCAAACAUAUAUUCCAUUGCGGGACCCAUCAGGCCCUCUCUUGUUCUUGUUGGAUCAUUGUUUUGGUAUACGGGGUCAAGGAACAGUUAUGACAGGUACAAUGUUAAGUGGAAGAGUGGAAAUUAAUGAUACUGUGGAAAUUCCAGCUUUGAAAGUGACCAAGAAAGUGAAAUCCAUGCAAAUGUUUCAUCAACCAGUUACCUCCAUAAUGCAGGGUGACCGUGCAGGAAUCUGUGUGACACAGUUUGACCCCAAGCAACUUGAGAGGGGCCUUGUAUGCACACCAGGCACCUUGCCAACAGUCUUUGGUAAGAUCUUCAGCUGAUAUUCAAAAUACAAAAAUAUUGCUGUAAUUUUUAUACUGAAAGUAAGUUUUCACACAUGACCUGGAACAAGUCCCAGCAGUGAAUUUAGUUUCUCAAAAGAAUUUAUAUAUCAAGAUGAGCUACUGAAGCCAUUACCAUCAAGUAUUGCUAAAGAGACUGAAAUUGCAGGCGAAUCCACUCACAUAUCUUCAGCCAAGCACCAGUGGGCAUUGUUAGAAUUUGAGAAACCAGUCACAUGUCCAGAAGCAUGUCUUGUGAUUGGUUCAAAGCUUGAUACUGAUAUUCAUUCUAAUGUUUGUCGUUUAGCAUUCCAUGGUAAAUUAGUGUAUCACAUGACAGAAAAGAACUACUUAGAAACCGUUUUACCUCAACUUAAAAUCUACAAGACAAAAUUCAGGGAAGGUGUUGUGGAAAGGAUGGCCGAUGAAUACAGUGUCAUUGGUCGCUCACUGUUUAAGAAGGAAACGAACAUCCAGUUGUUUAUUGGCCUGAAGGUUGAUCUGUCUACAGGCGAGCAAGGAAUCAUUGAUGGAGGUUUUGGUCAAAGUGGAAAGUUCAAAGUUAGGAUACCAAAUGGACUAAGUACUGAGACAUCAAAGCAAUUAUCAGCAUCAUCAAAGAAGAAAGGAAAGAAAAAACAAGAAUCAGAAGAGGGCGCUUCACCCGCAGACCACCAGCCAAUAAAAAUCACACUUCACUUCAAACGCUACAUAUACGAUGCAAUGAAGCAGAUGAUUCAAACAUGAAGAAGAAUGAGACAAAUAUUUUUUUGAAACAAUAAAUUUAUCAAUGUGAUACCAAUCACUAUGCAAACAUUAUUAAAUAAUAAUGAUAGAUGGAUUUAUAUAGCAUAAAUAAAGGAGGUCUCUAUGUGCUCGACAUAAGGUAAGAAGACAACAAAAAAGAGGAUAAAUCAAUAAGCAAGACAAAAACAAAAGUAAACCAAGCUACUGUAGCAUCCAAACUGAAGUAUGGGGCUACACUGUCACCACCAACUGGAGGUCUGUGUGACUUUAGGGCGAGAAUAAUUUCAUGUUUGGCCAAGUUAAGGAUGAUGUUUUUUAAGCGUGUCUGGAAGUUCAUAUGGGAUACCAUUGCAAUAGUCCAGUUUUUUAAAGUUACAAGAGUAUGAACUAGUUUUUUAGUUGUGUCUUUGUUUAGAAAGCCUGACUUACACUGUGUUGUAGGACCGUUGACUGAUGAAUCCACCUCCAGUCUACUGUCUGCUUAUUGUCAAUGACAGAAAGAGCAGGUUAUCAUUAAAAAUGACUGUUGCCUGCCUUUCGCGUUGCAUUCUCCGUGGGAUCUUCUCGGACGAUAAUCAUUGGUGAAGUUUGCCCAGGUUAAAGCUUGCACAAGUCAACACAAAUCAUGAUAUUUGGUUUACUUUCAAAAAAUUAUUUGUUUUAACUUAUUUAAAUUUUUGAGCUUUAUUAUUUUUGUAUAAAUUAAUCCAUCUUUUAAUUUUUGUGAGUAUGAGUGAGGUACGGUAUGCAUCUGUAUAAUCAUCAUAUUUUUAAUGUAGUGUACAGGUAUUAUACACAAUUAUUUUAUUGAGUCCUGCAUGUCAAAAUUGUUGGACAUAAAUACAUUUUAAUGUUUAAUCAGGAAUUUCAUAUAAUUGAAGAAUUAAGAACAUUGUUAUUUCAGUGGUAUAUGGGAAGUGGCAUCACGCUUAGGUGCUCACGGGGAACGAGGGAUCCUGAUAUUGUAGUUUUUAAAAAAUAAACCAUAGUUCCUUGUAUAGAUGUUAUUAAACAUGUUUUGUUUCUCACUAAAAUAUUCUGUACUUUUUUACACCUACAUCGAGUACAUAAGCCUUCUGUUAGGCCUAUACCAGUUCCAAAAGUUGGCCUAAGUAAUCUAUUUUGAUUUUGUCAUAAAAUUGUCUGAAAUAUUUCAUCAGUCAUGGACCAUUCACAAUACAGUCAACAGAGCCAUAAGCUCUGAGCGCGAGGUUAGCACGAGGGAGCAAAGCCUCCUGGGACCCCCACCAGGGGCGUUCACCUCCUAGACCCCGAUAAGCUAAUAUUUUCUCACAAUACUCCUAUGUAUUUCCAUUUAGUGUAUUCAAAGUUGAGAGGUGUAUUGGUAUUGUUUAAACAUAUUUGAGGAAGAAUGAAUAAAAUUUGAAGUAUGAAAUAAUGAUAGA